ACUGCCACACUUUCCAUCAGCUGUUCUUAACACGCAGUAGUCCGUGUUAUUUUCGGUUCCCUUCGAAUUUCACAACAAUUGGUCUGGUUAUUGAUUUAUUUGAGUGACAAUUACUGAUUCAAGAUGUCUCUGGUGCGAAACUCCUCCCGGUUGCUGCGAUCGCAGUUGAAGCGUGUGCAGAGCGUGCCGGUGGCAUUGUAUCACGAAAAUGUCGUUGAACACUACGAAAACCGCAACGUGGGAUCGCUGGACAAGAAGGAUGUCACAGUCGGCACUGGUCUCGUUGGAGCACCCGCCUGCGGCGAUGUGAUGAAACUGCAGAUCAAGGUGGACGAGAAUGGCAAGAUUGUGGAUGCCAAGUUCAAGACCUUCGGCUGUGGGUCGGCCAUCGCCAGCAGUUCCUUGGCCACCGAGUGGGUGAAGGGAAAGUCCAUCGAUGAGGCCGGCAAACUAAAGAACACUGACAUCGCCAAGGAGUUGCGCUUGCCUCCCGUCAAGCUGCACUGCUCCAUGCUGGCCGAAGAUGCCAUCAAGGCCGCCCUAGCGGACUACAAGGUCAAGCAGCAGAAGAAGGAGGUGGCCAACUGAGGGGUAGAACGGAAUCUGUGAAUGUAGUGGAGCGUAUCUCUGAACAACUACUAAAAAGCAACUAUAAGUAAUCUACAAUACAAUACAAUACCAAUACUAUAUAGAUACUUGGCAUUAGGUCGUAGUAUGCAAUUAUUCGCUAGAGCUCUGAGAGUGAUUGGCCGAGUGACUGCUGAUAAGUGCUUAGGAAGUAUAGAAUUCGACAUUCAUUGAUUCUGACGGAUAGCUGGAACUGAUCUUGUAUGAAUGCAUGUCCAAGUGCGAAUAUUUAAGGGGAAUUCUAUGUAGUCCCAAGAGCUAAUUAAAUUUUCUGUUCUGUUAUGCAAAAUAUAAGCUUGCUUCGAAGAGAAAUAAAACGUUCCCGUUGGAAUAAAAAUACAUACAAA